AUGAUCGUCAACGCAUCUUCUCUCAUGAAAGACCUUAUGCAAGGUGGAUUACGGAACGGCGUGAUCAGGGCAGGUAUCCUUGAGGCCGAAGCGAAAAAACUCUUGCUUUCCACCCCGGAAAAGAUCCAGGCGACCAAGGUCGACGACGAGGCCUCGAAUCUCGCUGACCACGUGCGCUCAUUGUUUGACAUGCUUCGCAAUUACGUGAAAGAGACAGCAUCGGGUAAUCAUCGGAAGACUGGUUCUUUCAGGAGGAAGCUGAACGGCGCCGACGUGAUGGUCAUGUCCAGCUUGUCAGCCGAGAUGCGCUUGUCCGACGCCGACAAUGGCGGCUCUCCGAUAUCCAUCCAGUCGACGCCGAAGAAGCUUGAGGUGUUCGCCAAGCUCACGAAGGGUGUGAUUGAUUCUCGUGGUUCCCCAGCAUUGCCGCCAAGCGGAACGCCCUCGUUCAUUCCGACCCCAGCUGCUGUUCUCAUUGGACCAAGGACCACCAAGCGGAAGGACCUAGCCCUUGAGGCUAGGGAUGGCGGCGCGAAGCCUUUCUCCCACGCGGCCGCCGCCACCACGCCGCGGAAGCGCCUGAGGGUGAAAUCCACGCCCGCCCCGAAGACCGGCCAGGCAGGCGCCAGCGGAGAGAGCGCAACCCCCCGCAGUGGAGAAAAGACAGCACCACCCAUGGCCAAGGCCAAGGCCGCGAGCACCGCCGCCGCAUGUGCCUCAGGCGAGAAGCUCCAUCGUGCGACCUGCUGCGGGCCCACCGAGGGUUUGGUCCCCAGGUACGAGGUCUGCGCGAAGGACUAUGUAUCGAACAAGAGAGUUUUCGUCAUGAGCAUCACUGUCAAGGCCUCCCCCAUUGCUGGCUUCGUUGCCCAGAGUGUGACCGACCGCAUCAACGACACGCAGUGCACCAAGGCUACAGCUCUGCAGUACCGCGAUUCUUUGCUGAAUGCUUGA